AUGGGCAUGCUAGAUCGCCGCGCAAAGGAUAAGCGCUCUUGUGGGGGGCGCACCGUCAAUGCUCUCUGCACCGUCUUCAGCCUGCGCAUCGCCCUAGGCAUCAUCUACUUCAUUCUUGUCGUACUGCUGUGCAUAAUGCAGGACAUACCGCUUUUCUCCACCCCAACCAUUCGUAUCAUGAACAUAGAGGCGAGUCACAUCGUCGGAGCCAAGACGUUCAUCGCUGACACAUGGUUCAAAGUGGACCAGUCCAUCUACGGUGCCAACGUCACGGGGCACAUCGACGUAAAACUGUGGGUAACGAAGAUGAACAUGGAUGUGGAGAUUCCAUACGGGUUCCUGCCACAGAACAUCUCGCAAGUUUAUCACGUGCAGGAUGUGCCUUGCGCCGAGUUUCGGAACUUCUUCAGGUGCAUGCAAAUUUUCAGCCUGCUCUCCAUCUUCACUGGCUUCAUUGUGUGGGUCUUUACAGUCUCCAACUUCUUUACCCGCAUGUUCCUGCCGCUUCUAUGGCUGUUCCUGUGGGUAACGAUCGCAUUCACGGCAACGACGGUGGCCAUGAUGUUCCGCGUCCUCUGCGAUGGCGCGUGCUACGGUGAGGUUGACGAAAUUCCGCCAUUCACAAGUCUGGCCAUGCCGAUGGACGGCUUUGCGCUUGCUUUCAUUUGCCUCCAGACGUACCUCGUCACCUCCCUCAUGACGGUCUUCCUUUAA